UCCUUCAUCAACCAACCUGAUCCUCUCUGUCUUCCACCUCUCUCUGUCCUCGGACUGAUUUUGGUACAGUCUCAAUCACGCCGACAUCCCGACAUGUCGUCUCCCGAUGCCUCCUCGCAACCACCGGCUGUUAAUUAUGUAGUGGGCUUCCUACUCGUGGGGCUCGCUUGGGGGUUCACCACGCCUUUCAUCCGCCGCGCUGCCAAGGACCACAAUCCGCCGGCGCACCCGCUCCUCGAGAGGGACGAUGUGAAGGCGAGCUGGAUCCGGAGCAGGCUCUACGGCGCUUUCUUUGCUGUGGUUGACCUAUUGCGGAACCCGAGAUACGCCGUCCCACUGCUCAUCAACUUGACUGGGAGCGUCUGGUUCUUUCUACUCAUCGGCCAGGCGGAACUGAGCUUGACAGUUCCGAUCGUAAACACCCUGGCGUUCCUGUUUACCGUACUCGGGGACUGGUGGGUCGACGAAAAGGCUAUUAGUCGCGAUACGUGGAUCGGUAUGGCGUUGUCCAUAUGUGGUAUUGCAUUGUGUGUUCAUAGCAAAUCGGAAUAAAUGGCCCAGUAUUAUCAUGCGAUGAUGUUUUGGUGCUAAAAUCAGGGUUCAAUGCCCGCUCCCCCCCAGAAUUCGGUCUAGCAGGAAAUACAAUCGUGGCUUUUGGCUAGAAGUGCAUGUAGACACUUAAGGUAGACACACACAAUCAAGAGCAUUAGGUACAUACCUUCUACACACACGCCAAUAGGUCUCUGGCGGCCUUGGACAGCU